AAACUUUCAGCGAUGUGUACAUCAUUAGCGAUCAAUUAGUUUCGCAUAUGAAAAGAUUCUCUACGUAAAUUACCAAUAAAUCAUAAUAUCAUGUCUUCCGAGGGAGUUAGCGACACUGAGAAUCAGCGGAAAGGAGUUCUAACCUCAGAAUCAAGCAACAUGGAUCUCUGUGAAGCAAAUGUAAGAGACACUGUAGAUGAUAUAAAAAUUGUAUAUUCUAACAUGAAGCAUGUCACAGAGAAAUAUGAAAUCAGAGACCCGAUAAAAUUGGUUGAGGAUUCGUUGGAAAUAAAUAUGAAGAAUGAUUCAACGGAGACUGACAGCUCGGGUAUAAAAUUAGAAAAUGAUUCUGUCGAGCCCAAUGCCAUCACUGACGAAACUCAGAUUAACGUACGUGAUAGCAAAGAUGAUGUGGAAUUCUUGAAAGUUGUUGAGAAUGAGACUCUGAAAAUACCAGAAAGACACGCAGCUCGGACAGGAAAUUUGAUUGCUUUGCCUAAUCAACUGGCUGCUCAAAAACCACAGAAUGAUCGGCCUGUUGCGAUGAAAAAUAUCGAUCAAAAUGAGUUGAUGCUAAAUGACAAAAGUGUUGAGAAACCAGCCUCAACGGAUUCCAUAAAAACUCAGGCAACUUUAAACUCUAGGGAUGGUAUUUGCAAAGUAGAGGUAAUUAACGUCGUUAAUUCCUUAUCGUGUUUAGCAGAAGAAUAUGCAAGUUCUGAUUCAGACGAAAAUGAUGAAAGACCACCCUCGCCAUGUGAGGUAAUUACCAUUGUCGAUGACCGUGGCACUCUGAGACAAAAUAACACGCAGUAUCGAACCAAGUCUAUGAACGACGACUCUGUAAGCGAAGAUACAGAUAGUGAUACUGAAUCCAGCGAUAGCGAUGAUAGCACAGAAACUGACAGUGAUAGUGAUAACGAAUUUGUGGACAGUCCUGAACAGAUCAGUAAAAUUCAAUCAUCAAAAGUCAAAAAGACUAAAAGUGAGUUUGAGGAUUUGCCGCCAAUCGAAGAAUUGAAAAUUACAGUACCUGAAGGAUCAUGUGACCGCCUAGGCGAGGUCACUGGGUUUGUAGAGCAGUUGGUAAUAGUACGACCAAUUUCUGGUAAACCAACUCUAAAUCUUGAUUCAAUUUUAUUUCUUGAAAAAGGCCACAGAGUUCUUGGCAAGGUGUUCGAUGUGUUUGGUCAGGUGUCUGAUCCUCAAUAUUGUGUUCGAUUCAACAGCGAAGAACAUAUUCGACAAUCAGGGAUUGUUGUGGGGAUGGAAGUAUAUUACUCUCCAAACACUGAGCACACAUCUCUGGUCUUCCUUCACGAAUUAGUCAAGCUGAAAGGUAUUGAUAUUUCCGGGGAAGACGAUAUUGAGCCUCCAGAAUUUUCGGAUGAUGAAGAGGAACGAGCUUAUAAUCAGCUGCAAAGACAAAGGCAGCGUCACAAGCCAGGAAUGGUGGAUAGACAAGGGAACUCUGAUGGUGAGGUGAUCCCACAAAAACGCCAAUGCCCCGAACGGCAUCGAAAUCCUUGGGGCACUGACUGGAGGUCUCAAAACUAUGGUAACUCCUCACCAAAUCAAAAUUUCGGCCAUGGUACGCCUCGAUGGAACUCCAACAAUUGUCAGCCAUCGUUUAAAAAUUCGCCCAACUUACAAAAUACAACUCACCCACCUAAUCAACCUUCCCCUCACCGAUACAGCCACCCCAACACAUUUAAUCCUGGUCAGUAUCAAUGUAAUCCAUAUAAUAAUCCCUACCAACAAAGUAAUAUGUUUCCUCCAACAAAUCCAGAAUAUGCUUUUGGCCAACCACCGGGUUUUCGGCCCAACUUUCCGAAUUAUGGAGCGAAUUUCUAUAGACCUAAUCCAUAUCCACCCCCUCACAUGUCUUGGGCACCACCGCCUCUUCCUCCUCCCCCACCUCCUCCGCCAUCUGUGUAGUUCUAAGUACCAUGUAUUAGCUUACAUGCUUGAAGAUUUAAUAAACUUUACAUCAAUAUUCAUCAUCCCAUACGACCAGAUUUUCAUC